AUGGUAAAACUGGGGAGUAAUCUUCAGGACAAAGGGGCCAAGGCGGCGAGCGUGGAGGAUGGCUUCCAAAACGUGCCCCUCAUCACUCCUCUGGAUGUGGGCAGCCUGCAGAGCCAAGGCCCUGACAAGGUUGUGGUGAAAACUCGCACCGAGUACCAGACGGAGAAAAAGCGUCUGAAGGUUCCCAAAGUGGAGGAGUUCACCAUCACUGACGGUGUGUCUGAGAGACUCAAGGUCACCAUCCUGAUCAUCCUGGCCUUGGCCUUCCUGGCUUGCAUCGUGUUCCUGGUGGUUUACAAAGCCUUCACUUAUGACCACGCCUGCCCAGACGGAUUCCUCUAUAAGCACAAGCGCUGCAUCCCGGCCUCGCUGGAGGCCUACUACGCCGCGCAGGACGCCAACUCCAGGGGGCGCUUCUACACGGUGAUCAGCCACUACAGCAUGGCCAAGCAGACCACCUCGCACUCUGUCUCCCCUUGGCUGCCCGGUGGGGCCGCGGGGCAGCCACAUGACGCCAAGCCUCCGCACGGCGGCGGCGGCGGCGGCGAUGCCCACUGAACGCCAAGACACACGCACGCCAUGUCGACAUCAUCCGAGUGUAUCACGUGCCAGUAGGGCCUGUAGAGUGCAUGCAGACAUUUGGAUUUCUCCAUUUGCUCUUACUGAGGAGCGUUUUUCUCAUACACACACGCCAUCCUGGUAACUUAUUAUUUAUUGACUGUCAUUCUAUUUAUUUUUUACUAUCUCCUCUUGUACUGUAUACUAUUUGUACAGCAACCUCAGGCAUGAACCCCCCCCCCUCAAAGAUUUGGACAAAGUAUGUUCUCUGGUGUUGUUGUUUGACUUACCUCUGGGGAGUUUUUAACCUUCUCAACAUGCAUCUACACAUCCCCUUAUCUCAACCGGUCACUUUAUGCGCCCUCAAGUCUACAAAGAAAUGUUUUUUUGUUGUUGUUGAUUUUUCGGUUUGUAAUACAAUCAUUGCCAAUGUUUGUAGUCGUAUUAUUGUUCUUGUUUGACAUAUUGCUGUUGCUGCCAGUCGAUAGCCAUUCGCAGAAAAUAGAGGCGAGACAUUUAUAACACCAUUUUACAACUACACACGUUAAUUCCUGUUUACCGGCUGCUGCUGUUUUGGUUAGCGACAGAGUGUCAUUAACAAAGUUCUCUGUGUUGUUUUUACUGGAUGUGAAAAUGAAGGUAAACUAAUAUGGGAAAAAGAACUACAGUACACACACAGUGAGCAGUUCAUGAAAAAAAACAACGCAGGUAGUGUUUAUUGCCGAAACGUGUUCAUUGGUUUAUGUUUAUUUUCAGAUUGACUAUGACUGCGGCUUUUCAUUUUGCAGCAUCCGCUCUGUGGUGGAGUGCUUUCUAUAAGCUGUCGUGAUGUUGUUAGUCGGUAGCGUACUGUAGCCAUACCUGUAAUGAACCCGGGUGCAUCCCCGCCGCCCUCCUCCUCCCUCGAUCCCAAUAAAACGAUGCAGUG